UCCUGGGCAUGUGACUGCAGGAGUGAAGAUGGCAGCUCUGUCUGAACCCUUAGGUCUGGAGAGAGAUGUAUCCCGUGCAAUUGAGCUGCUGGAGAGACUGCAACGCAGUGGAGAAGUUCCAUCACAGAAACUACAAGCCCUGCAACGUGUUCUGCAGAGCAAGUUCUGUUCUGCCAUACGAGAGGUGUAUGAGCAGUUAUAUGAUACCCUAGAUAUCCCAGGUAAUGCUGAAAUAAGGGCACAUGCCACUGCCAAGGCGACUGUUGCUGCAUUUGCUGCCAGUGAAGGUCAUGCCCACCCAAGAGUUGUGGAGCUUCCAAAAACAGAUGAAGGCCUAGGAUUUAAUAUCAUGGGAGGCAAAGAACAAAACUCCCCUAUUUACAUUUCACGUAUUAUUCCUGGUGGUGUGGCAGAUCGCCAUGGAGGACUGAAACGUGGGGAUCAGCUUCUAUCUGUCAAUGGAGUGAGUGUGGAGGGAGAGCAGCAUGAGAAGGCGGUGGAGCUUCUGAAGGCAGCACAGGGAACAGUCAAGCUGGUUGUACGCUAUACACCAAAAGUGCUGGAGGAAAUGGAGGCCAGGUUCGAAAAAAUGAGGACGGCUCGACGUCGGCAGCAGCACAAUAGCUACACGUCUCUUGAGUCUCGAGGGUAAUCGUCCGUUCUUAUAUACAUUCCAGAGCAUUCAUGAGCUCCGGAACCUCCACUAUGUAUUUACUGGCACAACUCAUCUCUCACCCGUGUACAAUAUUUAUUCCAGUUGUGUUUGUAUGAGAGAGUCCCAAAGGCACGUGAUGGUGUGCAGAGGAUGUUGUGAGGAGCCUGGGCAGAAAACAGAACGGACAGUUCAGAUGAUAGCUACCAUGUUUUAAAGACCUUUGUAUUUUUGUGUUUUUUUCUAAUGAGUAAAGGCAAGCUUGUAUCUGAAGACUAAUCAAUAUUGCCAUUGCAACCCUGUGGUAAACAUAUGGUUAUUGAUGGAGACAGGGAGCAUUAUCAUCUAAGAGUAAGGGCUUUAUUACACCAACAGAUUAUCUGACCAAUUUCUGUCCAAUCAGACCAGUAGUUGGUGUGUAUGGCAAAAGAUCUGUGUAUGUAAACAGCCAUCUGACCAAUGAUUGGUCAGAAAAUUGAACUGGGGCUCACAUUAUGAACAAGAUUUGAUCCAUGGUUACCAUAGCCACUUCUCUCCCAGUUAUCGGAGACUGGGAACCCCUUUUGAUAUUGCCAGGCAGGGUGGAAGGAUUGAAAAAAAGAUUCUUUAACCAGUGGUCCGGUUCCAGCACCAAGCUCCGUUCUCCACCACUUCUGGUCUCCACUAGACUGGAAGCGUGACAUACCAUCUAUACACAAGCCAACACUCCUGGCCGAUCAAUAACUUUAGCGG